UAGUCCACUUGUGUGUUCAGUGGAGUGACAAGUGAGCUUCCGAAAACGAAAACGAGUGAAGUGCUAUCGGGCUUAUAUUUCUCCAUUCAGGAUCAUUUCCUGUAGCAACACGAAUUCGUCCUAUUUUCGUCUUGCGGCGUCUGUUUGUUCCCGAAAAAAGCAUCCUAGCGAAGGAAAGGCAUCUGCUACGAUGUGAUCAAAGUAACUAGGAGUGUGUGUGUGUGUGAGUGUGUCGCAAAAGAAUGUGUUCCAGUGUACGCGUGUACUAGCAGCAAACAGUGCCUGUAGUGCGUUGAUGCAGAAAGCGCGCGGAUUAUAAUCACACAACCGAACCUGCUUCACACAACCGAUCUGCUGCUGCUGCUGCGGCUGCUACCGUUUCUGAUCUCGCAGGCAAACGCGGAAAACCGGCCCCUAUUCGUUUGAAUGCCCCGCAGCCUGAAGGAUGCCUGGAGUGGUAUUUCUUGUUUGUGUUCCGACGGCAAAUUAUGAAAGGACGUUAAUUAACGGCAUAAACUAUGCAUCUAAUAAUGAACAGUUACCGCCACCGGAAUCGACCCUCCAACAACACUCAACAACACCGGCACGUAAUCUUAAUAUAAAUCUGCCAGAAAACGUGACCCAAGGUCCGCGAGGGCCACGGGCUCCCACCACAGCCCACAAUGCAGCCGGGAAUGCAGUGUUGCGGCUCGAGGUUGAGCUGCGUGACAAACACGCAGUCCAGGGACGUCGCACAGCAAACAAAGCGAAACCACCCAAACCACCGGGGUACGGAGUGAACGCGAUAAAAGGACCACCACCGAACGUUGCCGGUUCGGCACCCCUUGAAAAGGUUCUGGACGAGUUGCUUAAGAAGCUUGAGAUUGAACGGGUCAUUUGGCACCCGGACAAGGAGGGGCAGUACUACCAGGUCGUCUUCCCCCUAGCGGCCGGUGAUCCUUGCGAAACGACGCUCCACUGCCUGACGGAGCUUGGAAUCGGCGUGAAGUACAAUUCCAGCGUCAGCGUGCUACCGUGCAGCGUCAGCUACGACGGCUCGAAUGACACCAGUAACGAAGAUGAAUAUGGCGAUGAGUGUGAGGAAAACUCCAAAUGGAACAACUUCGUUGACUCGAUCCGCUCGAAGCUCACCGUGAAGCAGGUCGUCGAUGGUGUGCGAGCCGGCGGCUCUCUAUCGUUCGACUAUUUGCUGCUCAUCGUUACGGCUGAUUCGCUGGCCGCCCUCGGGCUGGUGGAAAAUAAUGCACCAAACAUUGUGGCCGCGAUGCUGGUCUCACCACUGAUGGGGCCGGUCAUGUCGAUUACCUUCGGAACGAUCAUAGCGGACCGCGAGCUUGUGAAAGUUGGCUUCACAGCGCUCGCCCUCGGCAUGUUCAUCUCGAUCCUGUUUGGAUUCAUUUUCGGGCUGAUACUCGGUACGACGGAGAUGCCAUGGGGGUUUGGCGAUUUCCCAACGGAGGAAAUGAAGGGCCGUGGCAACGCACGCUCCCUGUGGAUGGGCAUCCUGUGGGCGCUAACGUCCGGAAGCGGCGUAGCAGUGGCACUGCUCCAGGGGUCAGCUGGACCAUUGAUAGGUGUUGCAAUUUCCGCUUCGCUGUUACCACCGGUCGUGAACUGUGGGCUUUUCUGGGCAUUGGCCUGCAUCUGGCUGAUUUACAAGGAGGAAGACAUCAAGAUGCCCCACCUGAAGGGUGAGCUGUACAGUGGCAACUCCAGCUACGAAUUCAUCUACACCAAUUACAUUCCCACGGAGUUUCUAAUUAACGGCAUCGUUUCCGGUCUGCUGACGGUGAUCAACGUUAUUUGCAUCUUCAUUACCGCCAUCAUCGUGCUGAAGAUAAAGGAGGUGGCUGCACCGUACACCUCCAGCCCGGAUCUGCGCCGAUUCUGGGAGACGGAUAUUCGCACGGCACGUACAGCAAAUCGCACCACCAUUCGCCGGAAUCGUGGAGGUGAAGCGGACGUGAUGUCAGCAUACGCCGAGCUGGAAAAUGACCCAAAGGCACGGAAUCUGGAGAAUGCACUCGAGCAAGCCCUGAAGGAAGCCGUCGACGAUGACACCUAUCGAAAGGUCAAGCGGAUGAGCUAUUCCAGCAAUGCAGCCGGCGAGAUUGCCGAACGCCUUUUUGGGCACGGUUCCGCUUCCGGGACGUCAGGAGUACCGAACAAUGGAGGUCAAAUUGGAAAUCCUAUGGCAACCGGGAUAGGCUCCAGCACAAAGACGACAGCCGAUUUAAAGCUACUCGAGAAACUCGUUACCUCGCUGCUGGAAACGCAAGGCAGCGCUACCACCGGGGACGGCCGUACCGAUGGACUACAUCGAAGCGGUUCCGUACUCGGGCGCUUCCGUCCAAUGUCGCGUUCGUUCCGCUCGACAGGCUCGCUGAGAAGACGCAACAACGACAGCACGGGCGCUUCUUCCGGUGCGCCCGGCGGGCAGGGUGGUGGAGUACCCGGUGGCGAGGGAACGAUGCCAACUAUUCAGGAAUCUGGCACCGACCGUAACAGCCGUCGAAACUCGUGGAACGACCGGGCUGGGGUAAAUGUGCGUCGGGUGCUGAACUCCAUCGCUAAUGCGCCACACCGGUUCAGCCAGUCGUUGAGUGGUGGUGGUGGUGGGCCACUUCAGGAUAACGACGAGGAGCGCAGUAAUUUGACGCAGAACAUUCUUUGACGGGGUCGCGACAAAGUUAAUAAGGAUAAUGGUAUCCCCGGAUGGGAAUGCUUUUGGGCAGCCUAUCAGAUUUAGCUUGACAGACAGCAUAGUGUUUCCUGCGUAGAGUUUAUAAAUCGAGGAAAAUAGCCACAGUAAUACGUAAUAGAUGUGGUACAAAUAUGAAUUUGAAGUAUAAAAAAAUAUAAUAUAGAAAGGUAAUGAAAUUAUUAUACUAUUCAAAUAUACAAUAUGAGACGGACAUUUGUAGAGCCACAGCACCUUUUGUAAUAUUACCUUCCACAAUAAUAGAACCAAACAGCUAAAGCAAUUAUUAAAAUAUGCCACCUUAUUCCGUAGAGAACAUGGUGCCCUGUGUUGACAAACAGUUUUUCAACAAAUAAUACGCGAGAAAAUAAAUGAUAACGUUGCAUGCCAACAAGAAACCGUUGUUCUAUUUAAUGAGAACCCCGUACCUGUUGGCAACAUAUUACGUUCCCUACUACACCUAGAUACGGCAUCUCGUCCCAAUCGUCAUGCACUGUUUACGCUCGAAGUUAUGCAACUUACCUGUUUU